AUGUCAGAGUAUAAAGUUACCUACGAGUCUGAACUGGACUCGUAUCAACUGUACUAUAGAUAUGAUAAUCCCCCGCCGGAAAAGGACUGGAAGAGAGCUGCACUGCGUGGUCCCGCUCUGCCUGCCGUGGGCAAUGCAGUCGCUGGGGCUGUGGGAGCGGCUAUAUCCAACGUUGUCACGUACCCGCUCAGUCUGAUUGUGACUCGACUGCAGACGCAGGCGCAGCGGAGGACGAAGAAAAAGAACAAGGCGGAUUCCGAGGACGCAGAAGAGGAAGACGAAGAAGAGGAGUACACCGAUGUGCUUGACGCAGCACGCAAGAUUUACGCCAAAGAGGGCCUGGGGAGUUUCUACACAGGCCUUGCGCAGGAUACGGCCAAGACAGUUGCGGACUCGUUUCUCUUUUUCCUUGCGUAUGGUUUUUUCCGGCAGCGGAGGAUCAGGGCUCGGUAUGGCGAUGGGCGGCGGUCGAAGCAUGUCGUUCUUCCGAUUCUGGAUGAGUUGGCGAUCGGUGUGCUGGCCGGCGCGUUUGCGAAGCUCUUUACCACACCGCUCGCUAAUAUCGUGGCGAGGAAGCAAGCGGCAUCCGGCAAAAAAGCUCUCUCGACGAAGGAUAUAGCUGCGCGGAUCAAGUCUGAGAAGGGGCUGAGGGGGUUCUGGUCUGGGUAUUCGGCGUCGCUCAUUCUCACGCUGAAUCCGUCGAUCACUUUUUUCCUGAAUGGGGUCUUGAAGUAUGCCCUGUUGGCGCGGAAUAAGCGGGGAAGGCCGUCGCCAGCGACGACGUUCCUUUUAGCUGCCAUCAGCAAGUCCGCUGCAUCGUCGAUCACGUACCCGUUUUCCAUGGCCAAGACAAGAGCGCAGGUCGAUAGCUUGGGAAAUGGGGAGAAACCGAGCAGUAAGAGGGUCUCCGAGGACGGGAUUUCCUUCGCCCCUGAGAUCAUUACGGAUGUGCUGGCCAUUGCACGCAACGAGGGUGUAUCUGCGCUGUAUGCGGGCCUCCCCGGGGAAGUUCUCAAGGGUUUCUUCUCGCAUGGCUUCACCAUGCUAGCAAAGGAUGCAGUCUAUUCACUCAUCGUGCAGAGCUACUAUCUUCUUCUUAUUAUCUUGAGGAGAUAUCCUACGCCUGAAGAGCUGAUCCAACGCGCGCGCGAACAGGCCGAGGAAUUCGCUGAAGCCGCCCGAGAGGGCGCGCGGGAUCUGGCUGAGAAAGCUAAGGAAGGUGUCGAGGAGAUACUCCAUCAUCAUCAUCAUCCGGAUCAUGUCUCUGUGGAUACAGCCUCGAAUGCUGGGUCUUCCGGUGUGGAUGCCUCAACUGGAUACCGCGUUAGCUCUGAUGGGCCGUGGUCUGAUACUAACGCGACCGCAGAGUUGGUGAGAGAUUACGUGGAGGACGAGACGACAGAAUGGAAGGGUAUGUACCGUUGGUUCUGGGAGAAAGCAAAGCAUGGACAAGAAACAGAUUUGGGGUGCUCUCCUUCCUCGUCUCUCAUGUCAAACGAGUCUCGCGGGGGUCCUAAUUUGCUGGACCUCGAGAAAGAACUGACUUGCUCGAUCUGUACAGAACUGCUCUACCAACCUCUCACCCUCCUUAACUGCCUGCACACCUUCUGCGGUUCCUGUUUGAAGGAAUGGUUUGCUACUCAAGCAUCCCGCCGUCGGCCGUCCUCAUCCACCCCGCAAUUCACCUGCCCAGCAUGUCGGGCCGUAGUGCGCGAAACACGACCCAAUGCCACCGUUACUACGCUGUUGGACAUGGUUCUAGCAGCCAAUCCUGAGCGCGUCAAGUCAGCUGAGGAAAAGGAGGAGAUUGCUCAGAAAUACAAGCAUGGCGAGUCGGUGUUUCCUGCGCUUUCGUCUCCGGGGCAAGAUAGUACCGUGUCGGACGCCGAAGAUCGACGGUUGCUGGAGGAGGUUCGUGAAUUGAGUUUGCGAGAGAGCAGGACGGGGACAGGACAAUCUUCAAGAAGCAGGCGAGCUGAGAGCGUUGAUGCUGAUGGACAGAGAGCGGAUGGUCGCUCGAGACGACGGCGUGAGGAGGAGCGUGUGCUGCGCCGACAGCCUGCGGCCCGUACAGAGGUUAACUCGGAGAGAACGAGGCGGAUUGAGCAUCAGUCCAGUCUGCGAUCGCUGCUUAGCUUGUCCGAUACCGAAACAAUGGAAGAGGAGAUCCUGCGACAGAUCAUCGAAGACGGACUGCUGAAUGAUAUCGACCUGGACAAUCUUGGGCCGGCCCAGGAAGAGGAGUUAACUGAGCGCAUCGCCGAUGCUUAUCGCCGACGACACAUGCGACGGCCGCGCUCACGCCAGAGACAAGAGGCGAAUGAGGCUUCACAGACGUCGCCGCGACCGCGCGCGAGGUCGCAAUCCGUGCCGAGACCACCGACGGUGUCCGCUCCUCAGACAUCCUCGAGGAAUCCACCCGUGUCAAGGCCGUAUCUGCUGGAGCCGCUUGUCUCGCGCUCGGACGCUUCUAAUCAUCAGCGGCGUCUUUCGGAUCAGGGGACUCGGAGGAGGAGGACGUCGCCGGCUCCUGCCAAUUCGGCGUCCACAUCAGAAGUCACAUUGCGACCUGCUGCGAGGUCGUCUAGUGAUAUAGCUUCGGAUCGCCCUCGUCCUUCUCAGUCCUCCCGAGCUCGCGCCGCCGAAUUGUCGGCUGCUCCGAGGCCUCGACGGGCAACAGCGUUGGAGCAGAACGUCCCCAACAUAUUCGCCCCGGAAGCCAGGAACCGCGAUCACCGGCAACACGUCUCGGGCAGACCACUGAAUAUCUCGCCUGCGUCAGUCACUUCACCGAGCACACCAAAUGAUUCUUUUUCUGCGCGCUUAGAACAGACUACGGCCAGUUCAUCUGUUUGUAGUUCUCUAGCACCGGCCGUAAGCAGUCCUGCCAACCAACGCUCUCGACCUUCGUCUUCUCGAUCCCAAGCCUCUCAACGUCCUUUACCGACUUUCACCGAACCUUCCAUCUCUUGCGACCGGUGUGGCAAGCAGAAUAUCCAAUAUGAGCUUCACAAAAAAUGUCUACAAUGCAAAGAUGGAAGCUUCCAUCUAUGCUUGCGGUGCUAUCGCCUCGGCCGCGGCUGUUUGCAAUGGGCGGGUUUUGGUCCGUCUGCAGAAGCGAAUUUCGACCGAAUGCUUGCCUCCUCGACCGGUCGGGCUAUACCGUCGCGGGAGAUAGCGCAUGUCUUGCAAUUUUCCAGAUAUUCACGACCCUCUGAUAAUGUCCAUCGCACAACAAGCGGGGGAACGGAGAUGACUAGCGACGAUCCAGCCCAGAGGUUGCAAACGGGACUCUUCUGUGGCAUCUGCCACGCUGUGGCAAACAAAUGCUACUGGAAAUGCAACGAAUGCAACGAGGGGGACUGGGGCUUCUGCAAUAAAUGUGUUAACCAAGGACGAUGCUGCACGCACGCGCUUCUACCUAUCUGUCGACUUGCGCCGGGAGAUCGCUCGAGCGUACCAGUACCGACCGGCGGUGACUCGACUGACGGACCUAACAAUCCAUCCAAUUCUUCUACUUCGGCCGAUAACGGAAACGAGAUAUACAGAAUCCUCUCUUUCUCAACCAAGUGUGACAUCUGUACAUACCCCAUCCCAGCAUCAGCUACGAGGUUCCAUUGUCUCGAAUGCAACGAGGGCGACUACGACGUCUGCGCAAAUUGCUACCUAAAACUCGUCGCCACAGGCAAAAUCAGCAAAGAAAACGGUCACAAUGGUUGGCGUCGUUGUGUCAAAGGCCACCGCAUGGUUGUUGUCGGCUUCGAAAACCACGACGAAGGCCAGAGGAGGGUCGUCGUGCGCGAUCUCGUCGGCGGCCGCGCCCUCAAAGACGAACACGCAGCGGCCGUCCCAUCACCUGAAGUCGGAUCCGGCGACUGGAGCUGGAAGGAAGGAUCUGAGCGACGAAAGAAAGCCUCCCGCGUGCGAACUUCCUGGACAACCACCAACAAUGACCGCAGCAACUCAUUUCCCAUCAGUGCCGCUGGUGGCAGCGGCUCGGGCUCGGGCCCCAACUCCGAAACAGCCACGACCACCAGUUCCCAUUCACCACCGUUCCUGCGCCGCUUCCCACCCGACGGUGGAAUCGGCCUCAUCGUCCAUGCUCUCUGGUCCUGGUAUCCCGAGGACGAUGUUCAGGAUGAACUGAUGUUUCCGCGCGGGGCGGAGAUUACCGAGGUUGAGAACAUCAACGACGAUUGGUUUUGGGGCUGCUAUGCUGGUCGGACGGGGCUGUUUCCCGGAUCGCAUGUUACUGUCGUUGGGGAGAUCGUUUAG